AAACGCAAUCAGGUCCAAGAUAGCAUCAAAUCACCGCCGCCGCCGGGGACAGCAGCCGGCAGAGAAGAAUGAAAUGGACUCUGCACUGCUGCAUCACUGCCUCCCCAAAGGCAUCUAGCCUGGAGGAGGAAGAAGAAGAGCCCGCGCAAACAUGCGCCCUUCCCGUCGGAGAAGAAGGCGCCCGCGACAGCCGUCCUCCUUCCACAACCACGAGAGGCUUGCCAUCAGCAGCACAUCAUGCAGAGCUUCAGCAGACUGUCUGUCGUCUCUCCCCCCGCCCCCCUGCUUUCUCCGGACCCCAAGGUUGGGCUGACCUCCCAGAUGGCUUGCUUCACUCCAUCGUUGCUCGGCUUGGCUCCUUCCGUGACCUUCUUGGCUUCGCCGCAGCAUGUCCCUCAUGGCGUGGUGCCUUCUCCUCAUACCCAUCCAAAUCUAUGUUCCGUACAAAACUCCCACCUCUCCUCAUCCAGCCCCAUGUUCGUCGUCUACAAGGUCCUCUUCUUCCUUCUACAGACGGUUUCCAUGAGCUACUCACAUGUAAGGUUGUUGAUCCAGCCAACCUAAACACCGCCCUUCACUGCCAGAUUCCUCAAGGGACUCUAGAGAACAUGGUAUGCAUUGGCUCUUCCUGUGGUAAUCUCAUCUACUACUGCGAUGGAUAUUGUCACAUCGUCGAUGUGUUCACCGGCGUGGAGGUUUCAACUCCACGGCUCCCAUCCAGUGCCAAAACUUGGAAAUUCUGGUUUAGUGGCAUUCUAACAGCCCCCCUUGCAUCACCCAACUCGCAUCUCCUUGUCAGUACCGACUCCUCCCUGUUUGAUUGGCAUGUUGGAAGUAACUCUUGGUCUGAGUUACGGUAUCCUGACCUGGUUGUAGUAGACCAGAUUGUGGAAUUCAAUGGUCAGUUCCUUCUCUCGGAUGGCUUUGGGAGCAUCUACGCUCUGCAGCUGGCUCCUCAGCUUAGUGUGCAGGAGAUAACAACCGAGAUCCAGGACUGGAGUGAAGAGCUGGAUGAGGAAGGAUGGACGGAAAGAUGGCGGCUGGUGGUUUGCGGCGACAUGCUUCUCAUGCACAAUGCUAACAGGCUCCACCGCCUCGACAUGUCAACCAACCCUGCAGUAUGGAUUGUUGUGGAGAAGCUGCACAAUUGGGCGCUUUUUAUAGGGGCGGAAUUAAAGAACGCGCCACUUUCUUGCAUGAGGCCGGAACUAUGGGGAGGGAGGAGCAACAUCAAGUACUUUGCUUCUAAAUCUCAAACUUGGACUCUCGUUGGGUUGUGUGGCACGCCGGAUCCCGUGCAGGACGCGCCACCCAUCGAACCCGUCGUAGGAAGCACACAAGCAGUGCGAUCGUCAGUUUCGCCGCUGUGGUUGUACCCAAGCAUGUUCUACUCCGACAGCUUGGCUGAGUGAUACCAGCUUCAUCUGAAAUUUCCCUUUUGAGAUGCAGAGAGAAAGCAGAGAUUGGUCUUUGCUGCAUGGCUCUUUGAGAGACGUUCUUGGUGGCAUUAGCGUCUGGAAAAUUUGUUACGUAGGAGUGCUCCCUCCGGCCUCUGUGGUUGGUUUGUUGAACUUGGUAAGUUUGAACGUUUGUGGUGGCGGCACUAGUGCAGUGCUGUGAGCUUAAUUUACUCGAACCA